GGUUGCAAACACUGUGCACGACUCGCUCGCUCAUGUGGUCUGCGUUCGCUGGUUGUCAAAUGUUGCGGUAAAUUAUGAACCAGCGUCGGUACUUCAGGGAUUUCAGAGUACCGCUAAUACCACCGAUACCACCUCCAAUCUACUAUUCUCGAAAUGUGCCACCUUUCUGGCCCGUAUACGUUUUCUGCGACCCAUACGGCCCAGACUAUUACGGGGAAUACGGCAGGCCGUCGAGAUACCCAGCCUUCUCAGCUCAGUCGCGUGCUCUGACAAGCUUCCUGCGUCGUGCACCCCGUGCUAGGAUGGAACCAAUGGAACGGCAGCGGCAAAGCAUUCUGGCGACGCCCGCAACGGAGGAUGUAGCCGAGCAAAAAAACGAAUCCGGGGACCACGAGGUUCGAAUUCGAGAGAUCACCGAAGAAAUAGAAAAAGUGACUGUUCAUCAGGGCCCAGCAACAUCUCCGCUGUCGGGAACAAACAAAAGUGUCGAUGUUCCACCGAAAGACGAACACCAGACGACCACGGUAGCGGCCGCACCUUCUCAGAGUGACGUUGCCGAGCAGACUGACCAAUGGAUGUACCAGGACAGCCAGGGAAGGGUCCACGGUCCCUUCUCAGGAAGUAGGAUGGCUGCCUGGUUCGUGGCGGGGAACCUCAUGGUCUCGUUGCCAAUCAAGCGGACCUGUGACGCCGAGUUUCAGACGCUUGGCCAAGUCAUGAAGGCUUGGGGCCGGGUCCCUUUCCAGAGCGACGGAUCACACCUUGGUGAUGGUCCCUUCCUGCCACCCAUGCUACCGGUGCCCUUGCUCCAACGAGAUUUAUGGUCCGCAAGCGGAACGUCGUGCAGCCCUACGCAACAACCUUCUUCAGCAAGAGAAGACGUUCAUGAAGUGGGCUCGAAGGACCAGCCACCGCAUACCUCAUUUGAACAUGAAAAUACUAAAUCACCGGACAUGAGGCCUGACCUUGAAGAUCGACGGGUGUCGUCAAUGUCCAACCCAACUUUGAUGGUGUCAGCUUUUCAGCCCAUUCAACCAGCAUCACUAAGUGUGUGCAACUUGUCAGCAAACAUUCACGAUGAUUCUCAAAAAGCGGCUGUGCUUGGUAGUAAUAGGGAGCCUCUCGAAGGAGCUUGUGGAGGCUACGCCAUGGUUCAACAACAACCAGAAGCGCGUCCACUUGCAUUGUCGUCCUGCGUCGACACUGCCAGCUCUAUGCGCCCACACAAUUCAAGGGGGACAACAGCUUGGGGCCAUCGAAAUCCCUCGAGUACUCGCACAUCCUGGAAUGAACCAGAGUUUCCUGCCACCUCCAGAGGUGCGUCUGUGAAUGCUUCAACGUCCAGAGACCUUUCACGGGGGGAAAUCCUGCCAGGGCCGUCACUUCCUUGGGAGCGGCGUUGCGCAGCUGACAGGGAAUUCACACGCUGGACCUUUGAAGCUUUAAAAACUCUGCCAUCUUACGUCCAUGCUCCAACAUUUUUGGAACUCCUCAGAGACGUUGACUCUGAGAAAGAGAUUGAGGAGUACAUUCUCAUGCAUCUCGGCGAAGGCGACGAUGCAAAAAAGUUUGCACGGGAGUUUAUUCUGCAGAGAAGGCUAUGGAAGAAUCUGACUGGCUGAAAGAGUUCAGCCAUAGUUUUGGAAAAUUUGUAGUAGCUCAGUGCAUAUUUAAGUCAUGUUGUGCUCAACCGUUUAUGCAGCAGAGGAAAAGUGAAAAGUUUUAGUGGCUGGAGGAGUUGCUAUGGUGUUUGAUGACUUGUAAAAGUUUACUGUUAAUGGGUGUGCCGGUUUGAUGCUCAGCCAUGCAAUGUCGUGUGUAAUUAUGCAUUACUUUCUCACAAAGUCAUAUGUAGUGAGUGAAUGCUGACAUGCCACUGGUCCGACAGAUUUUGUGCGUUUCUGGAUCAUUAUCUUCUUGUCUUGACGUGUCUGUGUUCAUUUUUGCAGCAAGGCUACUGCAUUUUUGUACCGGGUAAGCGUCCUCGAAUUUUUGAACUCCAAUAAAGCAAUGACAUCCUUAAUCAUCUGAUUGA